UUGUUUGUUGAAUUGUGUAAACUGUUCUUUGAUUAUUCGUGUGACUAACAAAGUGAAAUUCUUGUAGAUGGACCUGUAGAUAAUGCUACAAUCAUAACCACGUAUUUUAGCCUGAAGCGUUUCAUUUGUAUGAGUCCAGCUUAUAGUUCUCUGGAGUCAGGUGAUUACCACGGGACCAUGGUCUUAAUCCUUUCUGGCCGUACUUAAGAGGGAGCACAUGAAUUGGAUACUUUUUACGAGAUGUAUACAACUGACCAGAACACAGUAUACUUUCUCUCAGGCUGUCUCUCAUAGGUUAGUUUUUAUUUACUUAUAACUGAAGCUAAAUGUUGAAGACUCGACUGAGGAGCAUUCCUUAUGUGAUUCCAUGCCAUUUGGAGUAAAUAACUGAGCACAUCAUUGCUGUGAAUUGGUUUCUAAACAUAUUCUUCAGUGGACAGAAGUGAACAGAAGACCGAAGGAGUUGAAGAUGAUCUGGAUUCUGUGCUUUGUUUGUUGUGUGACAUGGCCUGAUUAUACAGAGGCUCAGUUUCCUCGAGUCUGUAGCACGGUGGAGGGGAUUGUUUCAAAACGGUGCUGCCCUGCUCUCGGCUCUGAUCCUGCCAAUGUGUGUGGAACUUUAACUGGAAGAGGAAACUGUAUCAACAUCACAGUGGACUCCAAACCCUGGGGUGGACCAUAUAGGCUGAGAAAUGUUGAUGAUCGAGAACGGUGGCCGACCAAAUUCUUUAAUCAGACAUGCAAGUGCUCUGGUAACUUUGGUGGCUUUGACUGUGGCCAGUGCAAGUUUGGCUGGACAGGACCGAACUGUGACGUGCGUAAAGCCCCUGUCGUGAGGAAAAACAUUCACAAUCUGACUCCAGCUGAGCUCAAUGAGUUUCUGGAUGUGUUGGACCAAGCCAAGAACACCAUCCACCCAGACUAUGUCAUCGCCACACAGCACUGGCUGGGCCUGCUGGGGCCCAAUGGAACCCAGGCCCAGUUCUCCAACAUCUCAAUAUAUGACUUUUUUGUGUGGCAGCACUACUACUCUGUCAGAGACACACUGUUAGGUCCAGGUCGACCAUUCAAGGCCAUUGACUUCUCCCACAAAGGACCAGCCUUCGUCACCUGGCACAGAUACCACCUCCUCAGUCUGGAGAGAGAUCUACAGAGACUGAUCGGCAAUGAGAACUUUGCCGUUCCAUACUGGAACUUUGCCACAGGACAGACAGAGUGUGAUGUCUGCACAGAUUCUCUACUGGGGGGACGCAACCCAGACGACCCCUCUCUCAUCAGCAACCAGUCCAGAUUCUCCAAUUGGGGGGUGGUGUGUGACAACCUGGAUGAGUAUAACCUCCUGGUCACUCUGUGUAACGGGUCCAGUGAGGGACGUAUAAGGAGAGGUCAGAUGGGAGGACAGAGGACCAACAUGAGUCUGCCCACCAUGAAUGAUGUCAGGAGCUGUCUGAACCUGAGAGACUUUGACAACGCUCCCUACUACACUAACUCCACCUUCAGCUUCAGGAAUUCUCUAGAAGGCUAUGACAAACCAGAUGGAGAGGCACAACUUGACUCCUCUGUGAACAACCUGCACAACCUGGUCCACGCCUUCCUCAAUGGAACCAGUGCCUUGUCUCACUCUGCUGCCAACGACCCCAUCUUUCUGGUGCUCCAUACUUUCACCGAUGCCAUUUUUGAAGAGUGGAUGCAGAGGUCUGUUCCACCAAACUCAAGCUUUCCUGAUGAGAUGGCCCCCAUUGGUCACAACAGACAUUACAACAUGGUGCCAUUCUUCCCUCCAGUGACCAAUGAGGAGAUUUACGUGGCUUCUGAUCAGCUGGGAUAUUCUUAUGCCAUUGAACUGGAUGAUACGGACAAUGAAUUUGUGUUUGUGCUGGGGUCCAGUCUCGGUGGUGUUUUCCUGGGUGUCCUGGUACUUCUACUCGUCCUAGUCCUCUACCUGCAACAGCGCAGGAAACACAGCUUCGAACCUCUUCUUAAAGCAGAGUUCACUAACAAAAAGUACACAGAGGAAGCCUAAAGAGGUUUCUUUUUCUUGUGUUGAAAUGUAUUUUCAUGAAGGGUUAGGUAAAGUAGAACCACUAAAAUGUGUAUGCGAUUAACGUUCAUUGUGAUGUACUUGAAAUUCAUGAUAAAACCUGAAGUUGGUCAUGCUCUAAGACAUUACUGAUGGUGAUUUACAGUACACUGUAUUACAGUAAUGUGCUCAUUCUUUUACCUACCUUACCCUGUACUGUUCUGUGAAAAUUGAAGGAGUCCCUAAUAGAAGAUGCCAGUAAAAUGUACCUGAUUUUCUUCUAUUAUGAUUUGUAUCACAAAUGUAAGUCAUCAAAUUGCAAAGUUGUUAUCAUCUUUUUUAACAAAUAUUUAUUUGCAAGAAAGUGUAACAAAACAUAAUUUUAAUUGCAUUAAAAAACUGUAAGGCAUAUUUGUUUGU